AUGACAUUUGGCGAUGCUGAAGUCCCGCUAACUUAUCGUGCUGCACUAUGGUACGAAGCUGGUGAGUUGACUGUUACGGGUGAGUACGACAAGCCACUCUUUUACUCAGGCAAAGACGGUAGUAUCGACCUUAUAUCACUAUUAAAGGAGGAUCCUCAGCUCAUUUUAAGGCCUGAUUCAUCGAAGCAAGAGUUUUUUUGGGAGAGUACAAUUGUGGGUAAGUAUCCAGUAAAGUGCUUGACUUUCAGGACAACAGUAGAUUCUGUUAAUCAGUGGGAUAUAAUUGUUUCGCUGACAAAUAGCAACUCUGGAACAUCCGUCAAGUCAUAUGCUCCCCACAAUUCUAUGGAAGAGGUCUUUGGAGUAACUAAGGACCCCGAAACCCUCGAUGACUCUGAAAUUGAAGAUCUUAUGAACAAACCCUUGCAUGAAGAUGAUCAUGAGAAAAUUGUUAUAGAAAAAGUGGAAACAAAAUCGAGACAAACAUACUUAAUAGUCACUCCUAAUUCGAUUUACAAGGUCGGAGAUGCCCUUCCUACAUUACUUUACGGCGGUAUUGAUGACUGUCAAGUGUUCGACACCAAUGAAAAUGUAUUAAGUAGUCUGAUACUGGUAACGACACCGACAGGUUACAUCCUCACCAUCGUUUUGAAUGCUCAAGAUACGUCUUCGUUUGUGACUCAAUACUGGGAUCUAGGUUACGAUGGCCCUUGGCGCGUUGUAAGGCACGACUGCAAUCGUCAGUUUCUUGCCAUCAAUUCCAAAGAGGGCGUACUCCGUUUCUUCGAGUUUACUAGUUCGAUACACUUUGAGAUGAUCAAUAAUCUGAAUAUCGACAAUGCAGACAUUUUGGACUGCACUUUCUUCCCUAAUCAGGCUCGAUCCCAUUUUCUUCUCUUCGUCGCCACCUUACAGAAUGAACGCCUAGUAUACUACUGCAUCGAAUGGGAGAAGGAUACUCCUACUCUCAAGAAAGUCCACUAUUUAACCUAUUUCACCAAACAAGACUUCAAAAGAUGUGCGCCAAUUGGUCAUCAAAGAAUACUGAUCUUCUUUGAUACAGCUGUGGAGCUGGUGACAGCCAAUCAACUAAUGUCUGGCGAGACAGACUUUGAGCGAGUCGAUAUGAAAUCUCUCGGUGGGAUUUGUGAUACUUUCCCUGCGCCAAAACUGCUAAAGAAGCUAAAAGCGCAGAAUGAGGACUUCUUUGGACGCUUCGAGUAUUGUAUGGUGAUGGGAACCUCUACGGGUCACAUUAACGUAGCCGUAGUAGACAGCUCCAAUAAAAUUGAGACUUACUCGUUGACUAGGUUCAAAGGGCUGAAGAGCUUAUGCGCAGUCGAAAAGCAAAAUGAUCAUUAUGAACAAUACGACAUAAUCGUUGUCAGCUACGGAAGGACGCUAAGGCUGUCGAUCGAUAUUUCACAGAUACAGCACCUCGCGGAUGAUGCACCUGUUGCAUCAUUCAGUGCUCUUACUUUUAAGCAUACCAUGGAUAGCUCAAUGGAAGAGAGUUCAGAGAUCGUAAUAGUUCAACCUUCAAAGAUCAGCGGCCGGUAUAUCUCAGAACUUUGGUUGACUUCUUCUACUUCGAUUACAAACCUCCAGACGAAUGCUCCGACGCAAAAGCUGUACAGCGUCUGUAGUCUUCACCAGUCUCAUGUGUUCGAGAGAUUCAAAAUUAUUCAUUGGGAUGCCAUUGCAAAUGAUUUCAGGAGUAGGCUAUCUAAAGUGGAAGACUCAGGAAUGGAUCUGUACCUCAUAACUGGCUGCGACAAGGCCUUCCAUCCCAAGUCCUUCAUGCUUGAUUUUUCUAUCGACGAGCCUGAACUAGUAGAAAUCAGUGACUUGUUAACCAGCGAGGAGGAGUGCCGAGAGUAUUUUCUUACAGCCAGAAACGCCGUACAAAUUACAGAUAAGAAAGUCUAUGUCGAGCCAUUAGACUUUGAACCAACUGAUGAUUCUCCGGUUCGCUUUAGUCCAACUUGGAUAAUCGAGGGCGCUACAUAUUUCGACAUCUUUGUUCUCAUAUGGAAUGCCCGAGAGCGACAAGUUUGGUACACUGCGAACAUAGACCAAUUGACCUCUUAUCAGCCCUUCAAGAGGACAUCAGUAUUUGAUGACGCAUUGAAACAAGUAGGCCCCGAUGAGCCCGUACAAUUUCAAAUUAUGAAAGACGACCAAGAUCGUCUCUUGAUAUAUAUGGCAGGAAACGAUAUUUUACUCCAGAUACCCUGGGGCGCUCUAGAAAGUGAAGUCUGUGAACUAAAACAAAUAUGCUCCGGCAGAAUUAAAUCCAUCGUCUCCCUUUCAAAGGGGCUCUGUUUCAUACGGCAUGACGGAGAUAUAAUGGCAGUCAGUCAUAUUGACCUGUCCAUACAAUAUCUCGAUUUUGAUUUUGAUGGCAGAGAUAUUCAGCUGAGAAAAGUGGACAAAGAUACGUGUCUUAUAUUCUCGACUCAGGAAGUCAUGAUACUCACCUUGUCUAACGUGGAAAACUGGCGAUGUUGGUUCUAUGAUUUGAGAUUGCCAUACCAAUGGAAAUUAAACCCUAUAUUGGAUGUUCAAAUAGACAAAGCUCAUCAACGCGCUUUUAUAUCAUAUUCCACCGGACUACAAGUGUUUGACAUGUCUUACUUUUCAUGGAAUAGAGCCAAAUACCUCCUACAUUCUACGAGAGACCCUAAUAAAAAAUUCAUUUUCAUCAAAAGCAUCAACAGGAUGAUAGUGGCCAACUUUGACUCACGUAAAUGGGAUUGCAUCAAACUUACUGACGGAAAGACCCGUUCUUUGGACGCCACUGUGCUUCAAGAGAAAUGUGGACCACCGCGAGCUAUUGUGGAUAUCUCAAAUGAGGGUAAAGAGAUAGCUUUACUUCUAUCUUUUGGUAACAUGAUUAAACUAGUCCAUCUCUUACCGCAAAAAGGGAAUAUUGCGGUAAUUGAGAGUGUCAGGCACCAAUUCGAUGAACAGUUGUUCCCCUCCAUCGAAGUUGGGACGAAUGGAAAGUUUUACUUGUUGCUGAUGAAGCAUGAUGAUCCUCCAAAGAGUGAUAUAGGAACUUUCAUUGAAGCUAAAUUCGAUGAGAGCGGAUUCUCAAUUACUAAUGAAUUCAAAUUCUCUAUCAAAGAUAUCAAGAAAUUUAAGGACUUCAAACUUCUCGGCACUGACCUGAUAAUCAACCAUGCAUCUCACAAUAGGGUUUUUAUUUUGAAGCAAAUCUUCAAGAGAGUUGUCAAGAGGAAAGUGGAGCUAAUCUCACUGAGAAUUUCCCCACAAGUCAAGUUCUCUCUUAUGUACCCACUUACUGACGACUCCUUUGUUGUAGUGAUACUAGAGGAAAAAGGCACAAGUUAUGUCAGCGAAUUACACUUCUACCACAGAUGCGAUAUCAAUUCCCCAGUCUACACCUUUGAUGCUUCAGAAUGUGAGCGGUUAGAUAUUUUUGACCAAGCAGCCUCAGACACAGUCGCAGAAAUCCCAACAGAGGUUGAGCAGGAGCGUGAGGACGAAGUAAUGGAUGAAAUGGACGAACAAGAUGCAUUUGGAACCCCCACUGAAAAUUCUGUCAUGCCACCAAAUAAUACCGACCAACCUGAAGAUUCAAAAUCUUCGAGCCAGCCGUACCGCACCAUCAAGCUGGACAAAGGUGUCAAGGAUAUUAAGUACGACAGAGUCGCAGAGAAACUUUACGUGCUGGCCACGGACGAUUCUGUCAUCGUAUUCCGCCCCAGGCAGGACUCGAGCCAAACCAAUUGGCCCAACUCCGGCUACGAGAUACCCACUCCGAGACCAAUCGCCCAGGCCAAUCGUACAGCCUGUGCAACUGGACUAUUCCGCAUUGACAAGGACGGUCAGAUAUAG